UGCCUCUAGCAACAUGGCUGCGCCCAGCUGGGAGUAGACGAGUCCUUGUUUUCCAUAGGGUUUUAAAGAGACUAGAGUCGCCCGCAACCUGAACUUCCGGAGAUAACUAUUAGCCGUAAUUCUCUAUGGCUUUAGCUGAAUAAGGGACCCAAAGUGAGGCUGCUCUGUCCUGGUGCACAUCUAUGGUGGAAGCCGGCUACAUUUCGCAUCGGGAGAGUGACUGGGGGGAAAAACGUGUUUUCUGCCGUUGAGGACUGCAUCGCUUUGGUUUGCUUGCAGCAUGGUGGAAAAGAAAGUAUCAGUGCGGUCCCAGGACCCCAGCCAGCGACGCAUCUUGGAUCGGGCCACCCGGCAGCGGCGUCUGAACCGCCAGCUGGAGGCCUUGGAGAACGACAAUUUCCAGGACGACCCUCACGCGAACAUGCCCCAGCUUGUGAAGCGGCUGCCGCAGUUCGACGAUGAUGCUGAAACGGGGAAGAAAAAGAAGAAAACCCGCGGGGAUCAUUUCAAGUUGCGUUUCCGCAAGAACUUCCAGGCUUUGUUGGAGGAGCAGAACCUCAACACGAGCGAAGGGCCCAACUAUCUCACCGCCUGCGCGCCUCCUUCCAACUUGCCCCAGCGUCACUUCUGCACUGUCUGCGGCUUCCCCUCGAACUACACUUGCGUGUCCUGCGGGGCCCGUUACUGCUGCGUGAAGUGUUUGGGAACGCAUCAAGAGACCAGGUGUCUGAAGUGGACGGUUUGAGCUGCAUCCCGAGGAACUGCCGUUUGCUGGCCUGUAUGUGGAACGUGGUUGAGGGCUGCCUGUUGCCCGUGGAUCCAUCCAGCUGCCGGGGCCCGUCUCUGUGUCCCAUUGAGCUGAGGUGUGGUGGACUGGGUUCUGAGUGCGGAGUGAAGAUCACAUGCCUUGUACUGAUCCGCCACUAGC